GAUUAGGUGGCCGAGAACGGACCCGUGAUUAUUACACUCUUAAACUCUCGCGACUCUCCCAAGUUAGAACCCCUAAUCUGCAAAAACGUUAGCUUUGAUUCUUCACUCUCGAGAGAAAGAAACAGAGUGAUUAAUGGAGAGUAACUCAGAUGGGAACGAGGAUACGGCGGUCUCCACCAUCAAAAGCCUACGUUCUCAGCUCGAAUCUCGAAUAGAAACUCAGCAAAGGACCCAACUUGACCUCUUAGCUUCUCUCCAAUCUCUAGUACCUAAUAUCGUCACUUCUAUUGACCUCUCUCUUCAAAUUGUGUCUUCCUUCAAUCACAAACCGUUUACCCCUACGCCCUCUCUCCCUAACCCAAUAAAGAAAACUCUCGAAAUAGCCAACCAUGUAAAGAGUCCAUCUAGUCCUCGCUCUGGUACUCUUUCUAAGCCCGCAAUUUCCAAGCUUGAGAACGCCCAAUCUAAUGUUAACGAUAAGUUUAGUGUCGAUGAGAGUGGGAGUCCGUUGUCGGUUGUGAGGGUAAUGGUGGCGGAGUGCUUGUUGCAGAGGGUGCCGUUUGAUCCGAUAGAUUCGUCGACAGUUUUGAGGAAGCUGGAGAAUGACCAGAAUGCCACUGCAGCAGAGAAGGCGGCGUUGAGGGAGGUGGGUGGGGAGUCUGGUGCGAUUCUUGCGGUGGAGAUGGCUUUGAGGUCCAUGUCGGAGGAGAACCAUGGGAUUGAACUCGAGGAAUUUGUAGUUAGUGGUAAGUCUAGAGUUAUGGUACUGAAUAUUGACCGAAAUAGACUACUUAAAGAAUUGCCUGAAAGUGCACAAUAUCAGCAAAAUUUAGAAUCUUUAAAUUCUAGUGAUUUAAAUCAGAGUCAGAGCGGUAACAAUGGCAGUGGUGCGGUUGAUAUGAAUAACAAUGGAGUUUUUGGAACGGGAGGGCCUUUGGUGCAGAGACCAAUGCCAGCAGAUAUGUGGAUGAGUGGCGGUCCUGGUGGGGAUAUGUGGAAUGGGCCACCAAGGGGAGGAAUGGUGGGUCCUAGAGGGAUGAUGAUGGGGCCAAGAGGGAUGAUGCAGAGGCCGCCAUUGUCAAUGCAGCAGCAGCAGAAGCCUAGAACAGAGGAGGAUGAUAUGAAGGAUUUGGAAGCAUUGCUCAAUAAGAAGUCAUUUAUGGAGAUACAGAAAUCCAAGACUGGAGAGGAGCUUUUGGACCUCAUCCAUCGGCCUACUGCAAAAGAAACUGCUGUGGCUGCCAAGUUCAAAACCAAAGGUGGUUCUCAACUGAAGGAAUACUGUUCUGCCCUAACAAAAGAGGAUUGCAGGCGUCAAUCUGGUUCCUUUAUGGCAUGUGAGAAGGUUCAUUUCCGACGAAUUAUUGCUCCUCAUACUGAUGUCAGUCAAGGAGACUGUUCUUUUCUAGACACUUGCCGUCACAUGAAGACAUGCAAGUAUGUUCAUUAUGAGCUUGAUCCGACUCCAGAUGUGCCACCUAUGAUGAUGGGUGCUGGAACACUUUCUCUCCCCAAACCUUUAAAGCCUCAGCGUGCAGAAUAUUGUUCAGAAGUAGAACUUGGUGAACCACAAUGGAUUAAUUGUGAUAUUCGCUCAUUUAAAAUGGAGAUUUUAGGGCAAUUUGGAGUCAUCAUGGCUGAUCCACCAUGGGACAUUCAUAUGGAACUGCCUUAUGGGACAAUGGCUGAUGACGAAAUGCGGAACCUUAAUGUUCCUGUGUUACAGACCGAUGGUCUGAUUUUCCUUUGGGUUACUGGACGUGCAAUGGAGCUUGGGCGUGAGUGUUUGGAGCUUUGGGGGUACAAGCGUGUUGAGGAGAUCAUUUGGGUAAAGACUAAUCAACUCCAGCGAAUCAUUAGAACAGGCCGGACAGGGCAUUGGCUCAAUCAUAGCAAGGAGCACUGCCUUGUUGGAAUUAAGGGAAACCCAGAAGUAAACAGGAACAUUGAUACGGAUGUCAUUGUUGCUGAGGUUCGAGAGACAAGUCGUAAGCCAGAUGAGAUGUACCCUAUGCUGGAGAGGAUCAGUCCAAGGACAAGAAAGCUGGAAUUGUUUGCUCGUAUGCAUAAUACUCAUGCUGGGUGGAUGUCACUUGGUAAUCAAUUGGAGGGAGUGCGACUGGUAGAUGAAGGCCUGCGAGCCAGAUUUAAGGCUGCUUACCCAGAUGUUGUGGUCCAACCUCCCUCUCCUCCACGGGCAUCUGCCAUGGAAAUAGAUUCUACUGCAUCUCAAAUGAGGAGUCCUUUUGCGGUGACGGAGUCAAAGUCCACAAUGGCACAGUUUACAGAGCAUGCAGCAGCAGAUACAGCCUAUGUUUCGGACAAUAAGCCAAUGGCUGUAGAUGCUGAUAUGGCGGGCUGAAUCUCUUUGAUUCUCUUAUUUAAUCAAGCAGCAUUCUGUUGUAGAGUAAUUAGUGCUGGUACCAAGAUUAUGUGAUUACUCUUUUUUUCCAACCUAAACGAUCAUAUAACGUUGAAGAAGAGGGGGGUUUUGGGUUGCAUCUGUAACCAUUUUCAGGUCUCUGAACAUUUUUUUUGCCCUUUUCAAACUUGUGCCACCCUUAUAAUUAAAUUUUGUAGUAGAGCAUGUUAAAGUAAGCAAUUAAAAUGGAUACUCGCACACGGCUUUGUUA